AUGGACAUCCUCCUGGCGGUACCACGAUUCGCGCAACGAGCAGGCCACUUCGCUUUGGGCCACAUGCCAGAAGCCGUCGACAACAUCGCGGGCAAGAUCUUCAACGGCGGCAGCGUGAUCGCGGACGCCACGGGACAGCAGACAAUCAAUUCCACCAUCACCAACACCAGCAAUGAUCUCGCGCAGGCUACUAAUUUCGUACUGAAUCCGGAACUCGUGGAGUCUUGGUUCAAGGAGGGGGCAGAGGACGCCACAUCGUCAAUGUUUGGGAUGAUUCUCCAGGGCAUGAAAAAGAUGGGAAGCAUGGGCGGUAUGUUCUCGUACUUGACGAGCAGAUGGGCUCUGGCUACAUUUACGGCGGCGAUCAUACUCAAUCGGACACAAUUCUACGCUUCGAGCAGGGAGAGCUUACGGCUGCCGUGGUACGUGCGGCUGGCGCUGUAUGUCGUUCCAAUUUGCGUAUUUCUGGCGCACCUCCAGAUCAUGCUGGAGGCGUUGAGAUGCCAGACAUCGCCGGACUUUGCUCUUCUUCGAUACGGCGAUCCGUUGAAGAAUCUCGCCAUCGAUUUUGGCGCUGAGGGUGGCUUUUUGUACAAAUUGAGCUCAACAUUAACCCCGUGGCAAAACGACAUGGAAAGUUGCACACGGCGCGGCAUGUCGCUGCCAGCCAUCGACAACGAUCGUAGCCUGCUACGGGGCUCAAUGUCUCUACUGUUUGGCUUUUUCCUAAGCUUGUGCACCUACCAGCUCUUUGAGACGCUGAGUUGCUCGCUGCAGGGCGAACGCACAAGGCCAGAAACGGGCAUGACUCUCUUCGAACACUCGCUUGCCUUUGCAGAGUGCGAGGCCAUGAUCAGCAGUGCCCUUGGGUUUGGAUUCUUCGGGCAGCUACGGCUUGACGGUGCUUCAAGUGCCAGAGCCGAAGAGAGUAACGGUCCGAUGGUCUCUCGCGCUGAGCUUCUCCAGCGACUGAACGUGCCGCCUGAGGUGUUGCUGGUCUGCGUGAUAUCCUGCCUUAGCCAUCUCAGCAGUUCAAUCCUGGCUGUCACAGGCCUCCGACACAAAGUUCGACUCGUCAACACUGGCAUAUGGGCUUCUUGCUACAUGACUGCCUUCGUCUGGAGCUUUGCCAAAGUCAUCGUGAACCCCAUCGACAACAUCGCAGACCUGGGCGUUCUGCGAUUCCCGACCGUAUGCAUUGUCGGCUUCAUCCCACAUUUGCUCAUACUCAUCGGCAUCAUGACCUGUGCCGUCAUCUACGCUGUCGCGCUUCUUGUCACCACCCUCUCGGUGCCAGCAGAAGUUGGCAACGGUAUGUCGUUUCGGGAACGCUUCGCCUGGGCCUACGAGAACCUCCAAGCCAACGUCCAAUUCUCGCCCGGCUCUCGUAUCCAAAUACGGAUGUCUGACGAUUUCUACAACACCCUGCUCAAAGUCGGCUUCGCGGUUCUCACCGCUGCCAGCGAGGCCGUCUACCUUAACGAAGGCAAUCGCAUCAAAGUCGCGCAAAUGACCUGGUUGGAGCAGAAGCGCAUCGACGAGCUUGCCAGCAGCAUGGACGAACGCAAGAAGCUUGCUGUGCCCUCGGAGCUGCUGGAUGAGGACAUUGCGAGAGGGCUUGAGUUCACUGAUCAUCACAACCACGCCAUCUCCACUUCGCCGUAUGCUCGUGAGCGAAAGUCAAAGCCGAAGAAGGGUGAUGCGGAGAAGCCUAGUGCGAAUGAGCCUGACAGUGGCUUGGGUCUGGCGAACCGUAGGAACAGGAUGCAAUUGACGGCUGACUUCAUCGCGGGCAUGUUCUGGUUGAUUGUUGGUAUUCAAGCGAACAUCGUCCUCGGUGCUCUCCGCAAGACAGGGAUCGCAUAUCAGCCGAGCUGGCUACUGAAGGCUGCUGGAGUUGGCGAGAGACAACGGCGCCCAUCCAACCCUAUACCGGACAGCCGCCAGAGUGAGCGAGCAUUCAAGAUGCUGGAUGAUCAAGGGCGCCUAGUGCUGCCGCUCGAUCGUCUUAUUGAUGUCGAGCAAGAAACGCGGAAACGACUCCAGCGCGAAGGCACUUACGCUGGCGAGGAGAGCCUGAGCGAGACUCUCUACAAUUGGUGGGGCAAGGGAGGAUGGUUCGGCGACCUCGACCAAAGCGACGACUACCAAGCAUCAAACAUUGAUGACGACGACACGACGAGCAUGAUUUCCAUGUCAACAAAUGCAAGCACGGAUGACGACUGGUCCGAUAUGUCAGACAGCGGCCGCCGCACACCCACUCAACUCGACCCGCAUGGCGAUCGCAGCUACGAACCUACCUCCGAACCAGAAGGUCUGAGCCACCUCGCCCGCCUGCUCAACCCGCAAUCACCAGACGACAGAGAAGAAGCCCGCCUCCUCUCACAUACCUUACAGUCCAACCGUCCGAUGACUCGCUCGCAGUAUCGCCGCGACACCGACCGCAUCCGCGCCCAGCUCCUUGCCGGCCUCCGCGCACAGCCCGCUCAACCCCUCACAGACGAAGAAGAGGAGCGAGACCUGGAGCACUUCAUCCUCGAGCGGCGCUCGAAAGCCGGUACGCAAGCACGGCAAAGCGGGACCUGGGAGUCCGGCGCCGAAGUGCGUGGUCUGCCAGAGCACGCCGCGAACAAUAUUGGUCUGGCCGUGUGGAUGCUUGAGUAUGUGUGA